GGUAUGAGGGGGGAGGUUAGGAAUUUGUAUCUGAUUAUUGUUUGUCAACCAAUGAUCUGACUGUGCUGACCGGAGAAUCUCUCCACGCCUCUCCGGGCUGUCUGACUGAACGUUGCGGGUUCUCAAACUCUGAAAACACAAUCACACGCAAAAGCCGAAUGCGUGGAUAUCAUGCAGUCAUAUGAAAACACUUCAUUUGCAGCUGAAAAACACACGAGCCACCUUUCCUCUUCCUCUUCUUGGUGUUUUUUGCUCAGUGUGUAACCGAAGGGGGGGAGACUGGAUUCAGAAUCGGGGAAAACAGGAAUGCUUUUUUCCGGUUCCAAAGAGUGUAAAAAACAAACGGAAGCCGACGUGGUCUUUGUAGUCUGUCAGCAUACUCGUGUCCUCCUACCUUCACUUCCGCUACUUGUGCCUCACUGAACACUUUGAUACAAGAAAGAGUCCUCUUGUCUCCAGAACUGCAGCCGACCUUUCUCAGAACUCAGACCAACCACCUCUUCCUCCUCUUCCUCCUCCUUCCACUUCAAAACUAAAAACCUUCCAACAUCCAGCCUGCUGCUAGCUGCUACACCACAGACACGGUUGGCAAUCGCUCUUCCUGUGCAGAAGGGUUGACCAACCAACGUCCCCGGACUGGCCCCGGACUGGUGCUCCUUCAGUGGGGGAGGGAGGGGAAAGAAGGCCGCUGAAUUCCGCGCCGCUUUCCCCGGGGAUGAAGCUGCAGGCUGUCAUGGAGAACCUGCACAGGCAGCAGAGGGCCAAGCUGCUGAUGGAGCAGCAGCUACAGCAGCAAGUUGCCGCCCAACACACUCAGGUCCGCACAAUUGUUGGAGGAGGGGAUGAGCCAAUGGGGAGCCCGGCCCCUGAGGCGGAGCAGGCCCAGAUGGCAGCACUGGCAGCCAUGCGUGCGGCAGCGGCCGGGCUGCAGAGGGUGUCGGACAGCCCCAUGUCAGAUCGCAGCAGCGGUGGCGAGGACGAAGGUGACAAUGAUGACAAUGAAAACGGGGAGGAGCAUUACAAGGACAUGAUGGGGUCAGAUGAGGAGGAGCAAAUCAAACAGAAAUGGGACGAGGAAGACUUUGAAGGCGAGAUGGAAGAAGAUUUUGAUGAUGACCUGGCGGAGGAGGGUCUGCCAACGGGCCAUGCCGCGGUGGCUCCCGGGAAGGGCAUCCUCCUGCUGCCCCACCGACAACUCCAUCCCCACUCCCAGCUGCUGAAAGCCCGUCCAAGUGUCGACCAGGAGCCCCGCUUAGCCAUCCUGCCUCCCCACGCGACGCACAGCCAUCUAGGCGGGCAGGACCAUGGAGACUGGACCUACGAAGAGCAGUUCAGACAAUUGUAUGAACUGGAUAGGGACCCAAAAAGAAAAGAAUUUCUGGAUGACCUCUUCAGCUUCAUGCAAAAAAGAGGAACCCCAGUGAAUCGUAUUCCCAUUAUGGCCAAGCAGGUCCUGGAUCUGUACAUGCUCUACAGGCUGGUGACAGAGAAGGGCGGCCUGGUGGAGGUCAUCAACAAGAAACUGUGGAGGGAGAUCACCAAGGGACUCAACCUGCCUACCUCAAUCACCAGUGCAGCCUUCACCCUCCGCACACAAUACAUGAAGUACCUGUACCCAUAUGAAUGUGUUAAGAGAAGUCUGAGCAACCCCAACGAGCUCCAGGCAGCCAUUGACAGUAAUCGGCGGGAGGGCCGGCGACAGAGCUUUGGCAGCUCCCUCUUCACAUACUCACCCAACGGGACGCCCACCAUGCUCUCUUCGCCAAAGCUCUCCUCAUCCAGUGUGGGCCUGAUGGUGGGCACCAACGGGGCCUCGCUGACCCCCGUCCACAAGAUCAAGAAAGAGGAUGGAGGGCACCCGCUGCCGGGGGUCAGUGUGGCUCGUCUGCCAGCGGGGGCCCUGGCGGGUCACUCGAUGGCUUCUAUGCAGGCAGCAGCAACACAGGCAGCGAUGGCGGCUCAGAUGGCAGCUCUGGAGCAGCUGAGGGACAAACUGGUGGCCGGCGAGCCACCAGAGAAGAAGAUGGCGCUGCCGGCCGAGGAACACCAACGACUGCUGCAGAGAGCGCUGCAACACAACCUGCUGGCCAUGACCGCUCAGAUACCCAUGAAUAUCCGCAUCAAUAACCAAGACAGCAGACAGGACUCGGCCCUGAACCUCACCACCAACGGCACAAGCAGCAUCAGCAUGUCAGUGGAGCUCAACGGAGUGGUGUACGCUGGUGUUCUUUUUGCUCAGGCAGCAGCAGGGUCGGCUGUGUCCGGUGCGGUCGGAUCGUCCGUCUCCAACAAGACGGUCAGCAGUCGUGUGGCUCCACAGCAACAGCACACACCUACCUCAACCUCCAGCAAUCAGUUGUCUUAACAAACCCACAGCCUUUCCCCUUUAUUUUAUUUUAUUUUUUUUAUUUCCACGCUAAGUAAAGCCAAAAAUCAACCUCAUUUUCUACAUAAUCUAUGCCAAAAAGAGAAGAACCAUAAACUGUACAGAAAGACACAAACUGAAGCUCAGUUACACUAUCUCAGGUUUUCUCUCAGCAACUCACCUCUUUUGUUCUUCAUAGCCAAAAUGAUUUCGGAAAAAAAAAGAUAAAAUAACAUCUCAACUGAGAGCCAGUAUAUGCUAAACAAAUAUGCACAACCUGUGAAUUAUUUAUUUCUGCAUAGAUGUACAGAACAAAAGAGAAGUUAAUAACAAGGAAAGGCAAUGCACUGUUUACACUUAAACACAGCUACUGAUUGACAGCAAUGUUUUAUCCUCUCGGGGAGAGAUUUUUUUUGUUUUAUUUUACCUUUUCAUUGUUAUUAUUGUUAUUAUCUUUACUGUGUUUUAUCAUUUAAAUCUUUAAUAAUCCUCUCACUGCAGGACAAAUAUAUAUAUUUAGAAUUCUAUAAAAAAAAAAAAAAGAAAGUAUGAAUUUUCUCUAUUUUUAAUCAGAAAAGCUUUAAAGGUAUAUGUUGUUUCGUCAGGGCAUAUAACAAUGUACCGUUGUGACCUCAUUCUGUGUAAAACUGUAUUCACAUGGCAGCCAUUUUGGAUCUAUAUUUGGAAGAGUCCGGUGCAGGUCUGCGCUCCUGUUGUGUACCGACGUACACAUCACAUCAGUGCCACAGAUUCUCCAGUGAAAUGUAAAGCAACUGGUUCUCAAUCUGCAGGAAUAUUGGUUAAUUUUUUCAUACAUUUGAUCCAUUAUUUAUUGACCACCAGAGUCUCGGUGAUAGAUUUAACUAGAAUGCUACGUAGCUGCAAGUUCAAGCGGUUGUUGUGGUUGUUCUUCCUGAGACAGCUGGCAAAGUCUAAAAUCCUCACCUGCUUGUUGACAUUAGGCCAGUUCAAUGUAUAUCUGUGCCAAUCUUGCAGGUUUUUCGUCAAGCUUAUGCUGUUUUGUAAGAGGAAAGUCAGUUGUGCAGAUGAGAAAAUGAAAUAAAACCUUUCUUAGGAGAUUGUUUUUAUUCUCCUCACUGCACCUCUACAUGCUGGCCUUUCUGAGCCUCGGCAGCAUCCACACCAACUGUUGCUGUUUGGGGUUCAGACUGUAUGUGAAUAUUACACGUUUUCGAUUGUUCUCAGGUGUCCGUCUGCUCAUCGCGUUGUACAAUAUCUUGACAGAGCAAUGCUUUUCAACAUCCUUCUCUGUGGAAAGACAAUUUUCAUCUUUUUUUUGUUUCUAACUUGGCCUUCUAGUGAAGUGAUUGUCUU